AUGAGCUUUACUGCUUCAUUACUGUCGGCGACUCGAAGACCUUACCAAGCAUGUCGUGUGCUACGUGACCCAGGUCCAUCGACGCUGUGGACUAAUUCGCCCAGUUAUCUUCACUCCAGUGUGCGAAGAAAAUCCGUAUCUGUGCGACUUCGCUCUUUCUAUAGCUCAUCAAUUGUUGGUUAUCCGAAUCCAACUGCGUGUUUACGACAUCCGCGAUGGAUUAAUACGCGAAAGAACGGGGAAGAGGAAGAGGAGAACACAGAAUCCUCUGUUGAGAAUGAUGGUGCUGAACCGUCAGAGGAAAAGGAUGGAGGAGAGGAGCAGUCCACUGCGAAGUUAAAAUCUAGCGAGGACGGCGGAAAGCGGGAUAUGUCAUCGCCUUCAUCUUCUGCACAGUCUCCUGGAAGCGAGGAUGGAUCAACACAAAGCCCUCCAGGAUCAUCUUCAGGCUCUCCAACCUCGAUUUCCAAACAAUCCGUUCCGGAAAGCUAUCCACAGGUACUAGCCCUCCCAAUUGCACGAAGACCCCUUUUCCCUGGUUUCUACAAAGCUGUCGUUGUCAGGAAUCCUGGAGUCGUUGCAGCAAUAAAGGAGAUGAUGAAACGCGGCCAGCCAUACCUCGGCGCAUUUUUGCUAAAGGACGAAAACACGGAUAGCGACGUCAUUACGGAUAUCAACUCGGUACAUCAUGUGGGUGUGUUUGCGCAGAUCACGAGUGUGUUUGCUGCGCAGAGUAAGGAUGAUAAGGAAGAAGGACUCACGGCUGUGCUUUAUCCUCAUCGGAGGAUCAGGCUUACCAAUCUCGUGAAGCCUACUUCGGGCGUUUCGACUACUUCUGUUGCUUCUGUUGAGAAUGUCACAGAGGGCGUGGAUGGAAUACCGACACCACCACCGACCCCGCCGCCUAUGGAGGAAGGUCAGGAGACCAGUACUGAGGUCGCUCGUCAGGUUCACCGUACGCACUAUAACUUAUCAGUUGCAUAUUCCCCUCUUCAAACGGCCUUCCUCCAGAACUUCGAUAUCUCACUUGUUAACGUUGAGAACCUACAGACGCAACCGUAUAACAAGGAUGAUCAAUACAUUCGAGCCUUCAUGUCCGAAAUAGUCUCCGUCUUCAAGGAUAUCGCGCAGUUGAAUCCUCUGUUCCGCGAUCAGAUUACGAACUUUUCUAUUAACCAGGUCGCUACGAACGUCUUCGACGAGCCCGACAAGCUUGCAGAUUUUGCUGCUGCAGUCUCGACCGGUGAAGUUCAAGAGUUACAGGAUGUACUGGAAGCGCUUUCGGUUGAGGACCGUCUUCGGAAGGCUUUGCUCGUACUGAAGAAGGAGCUCAUCAACGCGCAGCUACAGAGCAAGCUUUCUCGGGACGUUGAUAGCAAGAUUGCCAAGAGACAACGCGAGUACUAUCUUAUGGAACAGCUUAAAGGGAUUAAGAAGGAGCUCGGCAUGGAGUCUGACGGCAAGGAUAAACUCAUCGAGAAGUUCAAGGAGCGUGCAAAUUCGUUGAAAAUGCCGGAGGGUGUUCGGAAGGUCUUCGACGAGGAGCUAAAUAAGCUCAUGCAUCUUGAGCCUGCUGCGUCAGAGGCCAACGUCACUCGUAAUUAUCUUGACUGGCUCACUCAGAUUCCAUGGGGCGUCCACUCUCCUGAGAAUUUCUCGAUAGCCCAUGCAGUUAAAGUUCUCGAUGAAGACCAUUACGGAUUAAAGGAUGUUAAGGAUCGGAUCCUCGAGUUCCUUGCUGUUGGCAAGCUCCGUGGAACUGUAGAAGGCAAGAUUCUUUGCUUCGUAGGUCCUCCAGGUGUCGGGAAAACGUCCAUUGGAAAAUCCAUUGCUCGUGCCCUGAAUCGCCAGUUCUUCCGUUUUUCUGUUGGAGGUCUCACGGAUAUCGCUGAGAUCAAGGGGCACCGUAGAACUUACGUUGGUGCUCUACCCAGCAAGAUCAUACAGGCGCUGAAACGUGUCGGCACUGAGAACCCACUGGUGCUCAUCGACGAGGUUGAUAAGAUUGGGAAGGGCUAUAAUGGUGAUCCAGCGAGCGCUCUUCUCGAGAUGCUAGAUCCAGAACAGAAUUCCGCUUUCUUAGACCACUACAUGGACGUCCCGGUAGACCUUUCCCACGUUCUCUUCGUAUGCACAGCGAAUAUGAUAGACACCAUCCCUGCCCCCCUCCUGGACCGGAUGGAGGUAAUGGAAGUGAGCGGCUAUGUGACGGAAGAGAAAGCUGUCAUUGCAGACAAGUACCUUGGACCUCAAGCUAAGGAAGGAUCAGGCCUCAAGGAUGCGGACGUAGUCCUCGAACCAAGUGCUGUCGAUGUGCUUAUCAAACAAUACUGCCGAGAGAGUGGUGUUCGUAACCUCAAGAAGCAUAUUGACAAAAUCUAUAGAAAGACCGCUCUUAACAUCGUCAAGGAUCUUGGAGAGGACGUGUUCCCCGAACCAGAUGCUAGUAAACCCGACGCUGCCGCCUCUGCCACUGCGUCUACUCCUGAGGAGAGUGAGAGGACAGUAGAAUCUCAAGAACCCGCCCGCAACGCUCCUUCGCCUGAUUCAACGUCAAAGGAGGCUAGCAAGGACGGUACCUCCGAAGAAAAGAAGACCGUCACAACGGAAGAACGCAAGCCGCUCAAGGUCCCCGAUAGCGUCCACAUUCGUAUUUCUCCGGAGAACUUGAAAGACUACGUCGGACCGCCUAUUUAUUACAAGGACAGGAUGUAUGGUUUUACGCCCCCUCCGGGUGUAAGCUCUGGUCUUGGCUACCUUGGAAACGGAUCAGGUGCUUUGAUGCCCAUAGAAGCGACAAGCAUGCCUGGAAAAGGCGGUCUUCAGCUUACUGGUAAACUCGGUGAGGUAAUCAGGGAAAGCGCGCAAAUCGCUUUAAGCUGGGUGAAGAGUCACGCAUACGAGCUAGGCAUCACAGGCGCGCCGAACGACCAGUUCAUGACCGACAUCGACGUGCAUGUACAUAUGCCGGAGGGAAGUAUCGGGAAGGAAGGUCCGAGUGCGGGUACGGCGCUUUUGACGGCUUUUGUUUCGUUGUUUACGAAGACGAAGGUGCACCCUGAUAUUGCGAUGACGGGUGAGAUUUCUCUGGUUGGUCAGGUUCUUCCGGUCGGUGGGUUGAAGGAGAAGAUCCUCGCGGCACACCGAGCAGGUAUCAAGACUAUCAUCGCACCACAAGCUAACAGGAUGGACAUAGAAGAGAACGUUCCGGAGAGCGUGAAGACGGGUAUUCGUUUUGUCUACGUAGAACAUGUCCGGGAAGUCUUGCAUGAAGUGUUCCGUGGGGAGCCGGUUGCAGAACGGUGGAAGGAUACGCUUUCGCUUUAA